ACAGAGUGCACUCUCUAGUACGUCAGUACGUCAGUACCCUCUAGUCAACAACACAUCAUCAUCUGCCAUUCCUCUGCUCGACUGUCGACGAAACAACCCAUCAGCGAUACCCCUAAACACACCCUUCCGCUUUACCUCUUCGCUGGGGUCCCGUCAUGGCGACCGAAUAAAGAUAGCCAGACCUCUCUACAACGUUCCCCCGAUCAGAGAAUCACACCCCAAGGCUCUCUGCCCCGCUCGAGUCGGAGGCCGCAAUUUUCCCUAGAGUCAUGGUUCGAGCCGAGGAGACUACCGUGGCUCAGCUGGGACUGAUAGAAUUCCUGGAAGCGACCCCAGGACCUGCGUGUAUCAUCAGAUGCACAGUUGACGAGGACUCGAUAGACGCGGAUAGUUACAACGCGAGUGCCGAGAAGGAUGACCAGGAGGAUGUCGGGGUGACGAUCGCCUGGAGUAACGACCUGAUGACUUCUCGAAUGCGCGAUUCGGCGGAAAACGCCGUCUCGAGAGCUCGAGCCACCUCGCUGGACCAACUUGAAGGAGGGAAUCGAUCUAAAGCGAUAGACGUCCCCGUCGAAUCCGGGAGAGGAUCGCGAUUACGUUGGCGUUGUAUACCUCUUCGAAACGGAACCUACUGGGCUCUGACGGGUACGGAAGAUCCUCCUACCUCUACUUCCUCGAGCUCGACGGAAACCCGACUCGUGUUCCCCUCCCGCGCGUCCUCUUCGUCCAUCCCGACGACGGAUACCACGACCAAGGUCUCUGCUUAUGAACCCGAAGUCGGCAACGUCUUUGUCGAGGAUGUCACUCCCGGUCAAUUGGACUGGUUGUCAGUGACCGGUCGGACGCCAGAGUCCAAGGCAUUUAUCGAGCUGUUCAAGGAUAUGGAUUGGGAGAAGACGAAAUUAGGACGGCCGAGCGCGUGGAGUACGAGCCUGGUCACCAUGGUCAACGUGUGCCUGUCGAGUCCGUUUCCGGUAUUGCUGAGUUGGGGUAGCGACAAGGUGCUUCUAUAUAAUGAACAGUAUAGCAAGGUGAUCGGGGGCAGGCAUCCCGAGAUUCUAGGUAUGCCGUAUGACGAGGCUUGGCCAGAGGUUUGGGACGCUCUAGGUCCGGUCGUGGACUCGGCCUAUGCCGGAAACAUCGUCCACGUGGAAGACCAGGAGAUGUUCCUGAAGCGGAAAGAGAUACUUGAGGAGACAUUCUUUACGUGGAGCAUGAUCCCCCUGAGAGGUGUCUCUGGAACAGUGGAAGGGCUCUUUAUCCCUAAUUUCGAUCGAAGCAAUGCCGUCAUUUCCAACCGACGUCUUGCAGGUUUGCACGAGAUAAGUCGCCAUAUCGCCACGGGAACUUCACCGGAACUCGUAAUGGAAGCCGCCCUCCGGGGUCUCGCGCAGAACUCGCGGGACAUCGGUUUUGUCUUGCUCUACACAACGGACCGGGAUAGCAUCGAGGAGUUCAGCAGGGAAACAUCGGACUCGCAGUCGUUUGUCAAGACAGCGGGGACCGAUUGUGGGAGUGUUGCAUAUGGAUCCGCUGUCGCCGAAGACAUCGCGGUCGGGGAAGAGGAAUCGGAGAUCACGUUGACGUUAGCAGGCGCUAUGGGGGCCAUCAACCUGGAAGGACCCGGAGAUCACCUACCUAGAACGUUGACCUCUCACCGAUUGCAAGCCGUGGACGAAUGUGGCCCAUCCAAGUUGACGGACUUCAUCCGGCGUGCGCAUAUUCGGGACGAGUUGGUGCUCAUGCGAGAUGACGAGAUGGACGCCUUUGAGGGUUGUCUCAGACCCAACGUCUUUGAGGAUAUCCCCCAGCAGGCUGCGGUAAUACCUAUCAAGGCGUCGGCGGAGGACAGAUGUCACGGGAUCUUGGUUGUUGGACUGAGUACCAGGUUGUUCUUCGACGACUCGUAUUCCAACUACCUCGCUUUGGUCCGGACGCUACUCGCCAACGGUCGAGCGGCCGCGGAACUACACUUGGAGGAGAAAUUGCGGGCCGAGUAUCUCGCUGCGAUCAACCGACAAAAGGCUCGAGAACUCGAGGUAGCCCUGGAUCGCAAGACACAAGAGCUCAAAGAGGCGGAACUCAAGUUUACUUCGGCCUUUGAUAUCUCCCCCGCCGGAAUCUGGAUAGGUUCAGCAGAUGGCCGGGUUGAGUUUGGGAAUCAAGUCUAUCGGCGUUGGUCCGGACUCGAAUCUACCGGCUCGCUAGACAAGUGGAUAGAUAUGGUCCAUCCAGACGACAAGGAGAAGGUACACGAUCAGUUUGUGUUGUGCUUGAAACAACUGGUCAAGGCCGAGUUCCGUUUUCUGACCGGAGAAACGACCGAGGCGGGCGAGCCCGAGGUGCGAUGGAUUGAAGCGACCGGCAAGCCGGCGUUUGGUCCUGGGAUCAAUCCCGACACCGGCGAACCAGAGGUACUAUUUGUAACGGGCGCCCUGAUUGACGUCACCUUGAGGAAGAAGAACGAGGCCUUCCAAGCCCAAAGGGCAGAUGACAAUCUGGCGAUGCGGCAUCAGCUGGAAGAUUACGUUGACUUCAUUUCACACGAACAGCGCACGCCGAUCUUUGGAAUGGGUAUGGCCAUUCAAUCGCUGAUUGAUCGACUCAAGUCCCUACGCGGAUUAUCAGAGAUGCAUCAGGCAGAGAUCGAGGCCGCUCUGCAAGAUGCCAAUAUCAUCACGCUGUGUAUCUCACACAUGCAGAGGCUUGCGGACGACAUUCUUUUAUUGAGCAAGCUGGAUCGAGACAUGCUCGUCAUGACGCCAGCACCUUGCCGUCCAAUCCAGAUUGUGAAAGACGUCGCCGAGAUGAUCGUUGCACCCGAGCGUGACGUUGUGUACGCGUUGGAUAUCACUUCCCGCUACAAUGAGCUCGUCGACUGGGUCAAUGUGGAUCCGCAACGGGUCGCCCAGACAGUAAUGAACUUGGUCAACAACGCAAUCAAGUUUACCAGAAACCGUCCGGUAAGGCGGAUCACCAUCCGGCUCGAUGCGAGCCUUUCCAAACCUCCUGUCGAUGUGGGCGAUUUCGUGGAUGAAGAUGGUGUCAGGUCGACACCCAAAGAGCUAUCCGGCGAAUCAAGCGUCAUCAUAAUUUGCUCCGUGCAGGACACGGGGAUCGGGAUCGAACCCGACGAGGCGAAGAAGCUCUUCCGCAGAUUCCAGCAAACCUUGAAGACCUCAGUGACCUAUGGUGGAAGUGGAUUAGGACUCUUCUUGUGCAAGCGGAUCACGCAAAAGCUAGGAGGAGACAUCACGCUUCAAACUGAAUACGGCAAAGGCUCGACCUUCACUUUUUACGUCGAAGCCGAACGUUGUGAAGCCCCACCAGCAGAUCCUCAGGUUUCAUUAGCACCCUUGGUUGACCAGGUCACGGAUUCGGAGCAAGCGGUGCUUCACGAUCUUCGGAAUGACUCUACGACACCUCUACCUGACAGUUCGCAUGCAACCUUGGAUAGAGCGGCCGAAGACAUUCUCAACACGCCAAAGACGCUCAACAGUCCGAUCGCUGAACAACAAGACGAGCUUAUUCAUAUCCUUCUGGCCGAAGAUAAUAUCAUCAACCAGAAGCUGUUGCAGAGACAAUUGGUCAAAGCCGGAUUCAAGGUGUCUGUGGCGAAUAACGGCGUGGAGGCCUUGGAAUAUCUCCACUCGACGCCACUGCCUCUGCACUGUAUAUUAAUGGAUAUCGAGAUGCCCAAGAUGGGCGGGAUCGAGUGCACCGGAGAGAUUCGUAAGAUCGAGGCGGAACGAACGAAAGCACAACGGAUACCUAUUAUAGCGGUCACUGCCAACGCUAGGACCGCGCAGAUCCAGGAGAUGCUGGAUUCUGGAUUCGACGACGCAAUCGCCAAGCCAUUCGCCAUCAAGGCUUUAACAACCAAGAUCAACAGCCUUGCGCGGUCAUACCGGACAGCAUGAAUCAUAUGUGCAUGGCCGGUUCUGGAUAGACGUAUCAUGCCAUUAUAAUAUAGUAUGGAUGGGGGGACUUUGGAUUGUAAUCUCGACCAUCGUUGUAUACAGCAGCAUCGGAGCCGAAUCACGGCCAUUUCGCCUGGAUAACGUCAUCAUCGACCAGAACGAACACCCUCUCCUUUGUUCGGCGAGGGGUCACUCAUGAAG